AUGGCAAACGAAGCUCUAGGCGGCCGGCAGUUAAUGCCCGCGGCUGCUUCGGGGCACGCGUCGCUAUCGCCGGUCGACGCGAUAACGCGCCGAUCGGCUAACUGCACCGCUACGGCAGCCCGUAAUCCACUUAUAGAGCGGUACAGUGCGACGGGGGUGCAUCGCCCCACGAUUCAUGUAGAAGUAGAACUGGAGGGAAUUCAAGAUCGAUACGUCCAAGUUCUUCGCAGCUACUUAGAGCACGCGGCACCCCAUCACCCGGGGAGGCUACAAGAACUAUUUGCCCGGAUACCAGAGAAAGUUCCAUCGGCGGCGGAUCGAACUUUCUACCGUGAUCGCUCGGCCGCGGCGCUCACCCGUGCUUCCCCGCACUUUCAGAUCCAGGCGGCGGCGAACCUUCUGCUGGAGAGCAAGAUGUUCUACGUGCCGUUCGUCCUGAACUCGGCCGAGAUCAGA